AUGGGAUUUAAAAAAUAUUCUAAAUUGAUUUCUCAUCUUCUUAUUGCUGAACAACAUAAUGAUCUUUUAAUGAGAAAUCAUGAAAGUCGACAUGCUGGUACUACUCCAUUUCCUGAAGUGAAUACUGUAAAUUUUCACCCAACCAGGCGUGAAAGAAGUCCUGACCCCAGUCGUGGUCGUGGUCAUGAAAGGUAUUUUAAUCAGGGUGAUCGCCUUACAAUAAACAACAAUCUUCAGCACCAACAAUGCAAAAGGAAGGGUGAAUCUCCUGAAGCAGCUCCAAGGAUGAACUCUGAAAGUAAAUAUUGUCGAUGUGGAGGAAAGGGGCACUGGUCGCAUACCUGUCGUUCGCCAAAAUAUCUUGUAAACCUCUAUCAGGCGUCCCUUAAGAAAACAAAUAACGAUGUUGAAGCAAACUUCCUCUUUGAAGAUAAUGUUGAUCCCAUGGACUUGAAAGUUUCAGAUUUCUUUGUGGUUCCUGAAGAACAUGUAAAUCACCCGGUCGGUGACAAUUAUGAAAUAGUAUGA